AUGAGUGAAGAAAAAUUUUAUCGUGAUCCAGAAGAAUAUACUAUAUUUAAACGUCUUAAUAAUAAACAAUUUUCUAAACGUCCAAAUGAUAUUUAUGUAACACGUAAAACAAAUUUUAAAGCACAAUUAGAACGUUGUAUGAAAUUAAUAUCAUCAAAUGGAAAUUAUAGAGAAAUAUUUAUUCAUGGUAUGGGUUCAGCAUUACAAAGAACAAUUAAUUUAGCAUUACAAUUUCAAUUAAAAACAAAUUGUCAAUUACAUACAAAAAUAGCAAGUAUUGAAGUAACUGAUCAUUUAAUGCCAUUAUUAGAUGAUCUUGAACCUAUGAAUGAUACACGUUGGGUAUCGACAAUUCAUAUUACAUGUACGAUGCCAACUAUUUUAACUGAAACGAAAUAA